AUGGCACAGUGGAAGAGCCGUACGACAACUACACGAGGCGUCGACACCUCCUUCCAGGAUCAGGGCUCACUCUACCAGUUUAACGCGCAUAUUGUGGCACGACCAGCGCUCGCCGCACCAGCUCCAGGCAAGGUCACCUUCCUCACUGGCAGCCAAUUUCCCGCGCAGGCUCGCGAGAUUGAGUACCUGUUCAUGGGCCACGGUCACAUAGUUGAGUAUCGCACCCUCGAACAAGUAUCGGCGGCAGGCAUCGACAUUCUUGCCCUCCUGGAUUUGGACCAGCCGUUCCUGAAUGAUGCGAUGAUUGAAGGAUUCGAGAGCUUCGUCGAAAUCGUUCAUAAGUUGGGGUUCUCAAGCUUUCUCAGGGUCGCUAUAGGCCAGUCAAGUCGCCAUCAAGCUCGUGCUAUGCGCUCACCCUCGGCAUGGCCAGAGCCACCCGCAUCGAACUGGGCGCCGCCUCAGGGACGUUGGGUUGAAACGUUUCGGUUCGUCGGCAAGGCAGCCCUCGCCGAACGUACCCACGAAGUUCCAGCACAAACACGCGCUGAGCGGCGGCCUGAUCAACACUCGAAAAUCCCAUUGGAUUACCCAUCGGCGAGGGGCUGGCUAGGCCCGAGGACGCGACGAUGA